AUGAAGCUCCUCUCUGCUCUGUUCGGCGUCGCCGCCAUCACCUCCUACGCCAUGGCUGCCCCGGCCGAAGACGUGAAAGACGUGAAAGAGGCGAAGGAGGGAACUGAGGCAGCUGAUAAAGCCCAGGCCAAUAACUGGGAGUGGUGUGCCCCUAACUUUACUUGCGAUCACCUUUCCGCCUACCACGAUGGUGGUUGCUACAGCCAGCCUGACUGCCGUGCUAAGGCCAGAGAUGAUGACACUAUCCGCAGCUUCGGAUGUGGUGCUAGCGUCUAUCCUCGCACCUGCUGGGUCUAUACCGAUUAA